GUUUGGGUAAAAGUAACUGAGCUUGAAUGAUCACAAUACAGUAUAGGAAUUAAUUGCUAUUCUCUCAAUGAAUUUGCAAAGUUUUAUCCCCUCGGAACGGUUUAGCUAGUCAGCUGGUACAGCAUUAGCUGCUUGGCUAGUUCUGCUGUGCUAACUGGACAAUGAGAGGUUUGACUUGAAGUUUCAUCUUUAAAAAUUUGAGGUCCGUCCACAGGACGAAAGAGCAUUUGUGUCUUGAGGAAGACCUGGUAAGAGUACACUCAACAUGAGCAAGAAACCUCCAAAUCGACCAGGGAUCACUUUUGAGGUUGGCGCCAGGGUUGAGGCCCAGGACUACCUGCAAAAAUGGUACCCUUCACGUAUCGAGAAGAUUGAUUAUGAUGAGGGAAAGAUGCUUGUGCAUUUUGACCGUUGGAGCCAUAGGUACGACGAAUGGAUUCUCUGGGACAGCAACAGACUUCGGCCAUUAGAGAGACCGGCACUCCGCAAAGAGGGUCUCAAAGAAGAGGAGGUGUCUGAGAGACUCAGCGAGAUGAGAGCAUCUCGCCUUCGUGAGCUUCCUGGAAGUACAGAGAGCACAGAGGACCAAAAAGACUUACCUCAGCAGAGACAAGAAUUGAGAGAUGGUGAGGAGGUGCUUGCCCGAUGGACAGAUUGCCGCUACUACCCUGCCAAGAUUGAAAGUAUCAACAAGGAAGGCACUUACACUGUACAGUUUUAUGAUGGAGUCAUUCGCUGUGUGAAAAGAAUCCAUAUCAAGUCCAUGCCAGAAGAUGCAAAAGGACAACAGGACUGGAUCGCUCUGGUGAAGGCUGCCUCAGCUGCAGCCAAGAAUAAAGGAGCGAACAGACCACGUACCAGCGCCAACAGCAACAAGGACCGAGAGGACAGGAGAGAACAACGUUCAGAUGAAGAGCUUGAUGACGACGACGAUGAUGAUGAUGAUGAUAGCGAAUCAGAGAAGCUUGCAGACCUAGACUCAGAAGAGGAGGACAGUAAGCCGACUGUUGAAGAGGACAGCAAGCCAGCUGUUGAGGAGCUUGAAUCAGCUACAGCAAAGAGGAGGAGCAAAAGACAAGGCAACUUGUGUAGCAGUAAAAGGACUCGUCUCAGCAAAGGGGCAGGAUGUGCUGACACUGAGUCUGAAUGCAAAGCAGAGUCAAAAGAGCUUCCAGUAAUGUCUCAGCAGAAAGUGUCAGGUGCAGAGGCGAGUCCAGCUGAAGAGAGAUCCCAGUCUGUCAGUGCCCAAAGAACCCCAGCAUCCCUCUCUAGCCCAUCCCUGUGCAAGUCUCGCUCAAGAAGACUUAAACACGACUCGGGAGAGUCCACCUCUAGCAGUCAGAACACAACCGUAGCCCCUGAACCCAGUCCUUCAUCCAGUUCGACACACACUCUUCUAGACAGCACACACACUGCCCCUCCCAACUCCCCCCAGAGAAGGAGACGGUCUCAGCGUCUAGCGACAAGCUCUGACCAGGCUUACCCUUCUUCACCACACAUGAGGGAUUCCAUUACUCAACCUCCUCUCCCAGAUGGCUCUCAGAAAGCUGAAGAAGACAGCAGCACUGCAGUUAAAACAGAAGCUUCUUCGCAAAAACCAGUUUCAGUAAGCCCAUCCACAGCUCCUCCCACUGGCAGUGCUCAGUCACCAAUCACUGAGAAGGACAAGAUGACAGACAUGUUGCCCAGUAAUCAAACAACACUUGAAGGGAACUCACCUUCUGUAGUGACAGCUGCAAGUCAGAAAGUUCCUUCCAGGACUCCUAAAGCCAACAAACACGCCAGAGAGCCAAUCAUAAACAGCAAGAAGUCUGAUGACCCCACUGCUGCCAAUGAGUCUCUAAUAGACCUGGACCAUAAUAAAUUCAAGUGUAAAGUCCCUGGAUGCUCUAAAGCUUUUCGGAAAGCAAAGCUCCUUGACUAUCACCUGAAGUACUAUCAUAACACUGAGAAAGAAAUGGACAGUGAGGUCUGCUCACCAGAGAGAGUGGGCCGCACCAGGGCCACGUCUGCUUCCAUGCCUACAAGCACCUUGUCAGAUAUCCCAGAUAACAAGAGACGCAGGACCGUCUCUACUUCUUCCUCUCUGUCCUCUCAGGGCUUCAUGCUUCAAAUGGACAGCGCUGGCUGUGUGAGGCCUCCUAAGUUCUGCAAGAAGAAACGUUCCUCUGCCUCUGUCAGUUCAGACAGUACGGAGGUCUCCCUGCCUCCUCCAACCUUUGAUAACCUCCAUGACAAGAUUCUCAAGAAGGACAAGCACCUGGAUGGGCUUUGUAUAAAGACAGAACGGAAAUUCAAACUAGAGGAUAAAUGUCAGUUGUUUGCGAAAAAGAGGGAUAAAGACAGGAGGGACAGAAAAGAGAAGGACCUUUUCCGAAUUAAACAGAAGAAAAAGAAAAAAAAGAAGAAGAAAUCAAAACUGCACUGUUACUCAGACCUGGAUGAAAUGUCGUUGUCUUACCUGGAAAGACCGUCUUCCCCACUACAUCGUUCUUCCUCUAGUGCCUUCAAGCACAGCACCUUCCAAUACCCUCGUGCCAUACUGUCUGUUGACCUCACCGGGGAGAACCUGUCAGACAUCGACUUUCUGGAAGACUCGACCACUGAGAGUUUGCUGUUCAGUGGAGAUGAGUAUAACCAGGAUCUAGACUCGAUCACUAUGGAGGACUUCCAGGAUGAGGAUGAAGUUGGUGCAGAUGAAAUUGUUCGCUGCAUCUGUGAGAUGGAUGAAGAAAAUGGCUUCAUGAUUCAGUGUGAGGAGUGUAUGUGCUGGCAGCACAGUGUGUGUAUGGGGCUUUUGGAAGAUAGCAUCCCAGAUCAGUACAUCUGUUACAUCUGCCGGGACCCACCAGGUCAGAGGUGGAGUGCUAAAUACCGCCAUGAUAAAGACUGGCUCCAAAAGGGCCACAUGUAUGGCCUGUCUUUCCUUACAGAGAACUACUCGCAUCAGAACGCCAAGAAAAUUGUGUCCACUCACCAGCUGCUCGCUGAUGUUUACAGUGUUAAAAACUUGCUUCAUGGCCUUCAGCUGAAGAUGGAUAUUUUACAGAACAAGCAUAACCCAAGUUUACACUUGUGGGCUCGGUCUUGGGUGAACUCUGAUGAGGAUCAGCCUAUGGGUGGGGUUCCGGACUGCCUACAUUUCAAAGAGCACCUCAACCAGAACUCAAACCCUGAAACCUAUAUUACCAGCGAGCACAGCUACCAGAAACCUCCCGGUACAGGCCUUGAACACGCAAGGGAUGAACAGGGGAUACAGACAGCCUCUCAGUUUAACCUAAAGGAAGAAGAGGUGAGCAGUGCCAUUGCUCUGUCUGGCUGUGUGAAUGACAGCAGCUUGGGCUCCAUGGAACAAGCCAGGAACUGCCUGCAGUGGCAGAUGAACCUGCUUACACACAUAGAGGACAUUCAGAACCAGCUGUCUGGCCGCAUGGACCUCAUCGAGAAAGAGCUUGAUGUGCUGGAGAGUUGGUUGGACUUCACAGGUGAAUUGGAGCCCCCCGAUCCCCUGGCCAGACUCCCACAGCUCAAGUGCCGCAUCAAACAGCUUCUGACGGACCUGGGAAAAGUGCAGCAAAUGAGCACCCUCUGCUCUGUGUGAUACACACAUUAUAGUGUGUGUUCUGAGCUACUAACACCAUCUCUCAAUUUUUUGCACACAACUCUACUAAUUGAUAUGGUGUAUUCAACACAAUUCUCCUGUUCAGUAGAUGUGUGAAGUAAAACGUUGGCCAUCAUCAAGUGUGACAUAAGGAAAAUUCACACUUAAUGUGUGAAACAGGAACAUGUCAGUAUGUCUAAACAACAUAUCUGCUUAAAGAAGAUUUUGUUCUCCAAAAUAGGAAGAGGUCACUAUAGCAGAUUAAUUCUUUCAUGUUAACAGAAGGGAACAUCAUCUUUUUUUAAAGAAAGACUGAAGAGGUCACAACACAACACCAUAGAUUUAAGUUUUAGCCUUUUUUUGCAUCAUUUAGACCCCAACAGUAAAUUCAGUCUAUUUCCACUCUGUGAGGUGAGAUUUCUUAAGGAAAUAUGAACUUGACUGAAGUGGGUCACUACUUACAGACUGUUUAAGAGUUUAUUAGCGUUUGAUGUAAAAAAAAAAAAAAAAAAUUCUGAUCAUGAAGGUUUUCGCCACUUAAAAAGUCACUUUGAAGUGCCAAGAAAAUAGACCAUCGUGGUCUGGUUGUUCAGACACGCACAGUUCAGAAAUGACAUGUUUUUGAAAUUAAUGUUGCAUUUUAGGCCAGGUUUGGACUUGUUUACAGUCUGAUACACUGGCACUAAAGGUUCACAAUGCCAACCAAUUCAUUAGAACAACACCUAGAUAGUUUUCUUACAACAACUCGUCUAAUACUUUAGCAUGUUUCUCUGCAGUCUUAACGGAUGCUGUAGCGAUUCACAAGAAAACAAGCUAAUCUAAACGUGGGUGUCCAGAGCUAGGUGACUCUUCUUACUAAGUUCUGUUUAUCAUGUUGAUACUUUGAGAGUAUCUACCUUGAAGUAAGCUAAUCCUGAAAUGGAUGUAAACGCAUUUAAUUAAAUCCAUUUAGUUCAUUUUUUUUUCUUUUGGAAAAUGUAUAUACAGUUUUUAUAACUGUAAAGAAAAACAACAAAAAACUAAGGCAUAAAAGGAUGAUACUUGAAAAUGCCUGUUUAAUCUCAAUUUCUAUUAAUCUGUACAAAGUGUGUUUUAGAAUUUAGAUUUAAAAGUUUCUUUUGAUGAAAAUACCAGCUGUACAUUUAAAGAGUUUAUUUAAAGACCUGAUGUAAUUAUCUGUAUGUACAACUUCAUUAAAAAAAAGAAAAAAAAAAAGAAAUUCUCAA